CCCCCAGCCUCCUCCGCCCGGCCCCCCCCGGCCGGCGGGAAGCGCUGCGCCCUUUGUCUGGGGCUGCUCGACCGCAGCCAAGAAAACUGGUUUGUGCUGGUUUUCUGCGCCCUGCUGGUGACGCGUUAAGCGUGUCUAUGUAUGCUGAACAGGCUGUCUGGGGUAUGCGUUGAUUUUUUAAGAAAUGUUUUCUUUUUACCUAAAGGAGGAAGCAAAAAGGUGUUGGAAGAGGCAGCAACGGCAGACUUGGAAAUAACAGAAAUAAACAAGUUAACAGCACAAAUUAUCCGGACUCCUUUGAAAACCAUCGGGAAAGUGAAAAAAUCUAAAUGGGGUAUUGAAGCUACUGCAGAAGAAGCGGAGCCUCCCUUGCUUCCUCUAGCAAAGAAAGCAAAACAUGAUGGCCAGUGUCUUCCGGAGCUAGACGCUGAAAACAUUAAUCCCAGAACUGAAAAGGUGAAGGCAUCCACUAAAAAAGCACCGGUGGCCAGGACCAGAAGAGCUCCUUCAACAAGAGUGAAGCGCGUGAGUAAAAGAUCCAGCAAAACCAACUUGAUCACUCCAGCUACUGGUAGGACUGUCGAUCUCUGUGCUCGGGGAGGUACCUCCAUGGUCACACCCAAAUUUGAUUCCAGAAUUUUCAAGACACCGGGUUUGCGCACACCCGCAGUGAAUGAACGUGUUUACACCAUCUCUGCCAAUGGCAGCCCCCUCGCUGACAGCAAGGAUAUCUUCAUUACAGUCCCUGUUGGAGGAGGGGAGAGCAUUCGUUUAACAGCAAGUGAUUUAACCAGGAAGAAUCUUCUUCAUCUGAAUCAGGAGGCCCAAGGAAUUAUGAAGAAGCUCUCAGUACGCCUUGCACAAGCUUGCCAUGGUGCAAACCCAUAGGUGAAACUCAGUGAACGUUGGCAUCCCUCUGUAAAUAAAGAAUGUCACAUUAGCACUGUUACCUCUAGGUCUUCUAAUUUGUGCCAUCCUUCCAUUAAUUUACAGAAUGGAAGUUAAGAAUUAAUUUUUCUAGCUAUAAUAUGUAAUGGGGUUAGAAUAGAUUCAGGGGAAAAAAUAUUUUACUUCCUAUUUCAUUUAAGAUUGAGACCAAGAUACGGUUCUCUUGGGCUUGCGGAGCGGCAGGCAGGAUAUUCUGGUAUCUUGCAGAAGAUGUAAGCAGCGGACACAAGCAACUGGAGUUCGUAUCUGUCUGGGCAAAGAAAGCAACAGAAUUGCUGCGCUUCUUACAGGCUCUUCCUACACCCCCUUCGGGAUCUUUGGGAGAAGGAGUACUCCAGGAGCUGAGUAUAGAAAGGGAAGAAGAAAGCUUGGACUAGUGAAAACAUUGAUUUUCCCUUUCUUCUCAUGUAAAUGGAGUUGAUUCAGUGCAUUUCUUUGAC